UGAAUCGAUUCUCGUGUCCUCGGUUGUGUAUGAUGGUGGUGGGAUAUUCGUACGCAUACGUAAAAUGUGGGGUCGAGGAUAGCGAAUAGCGAAGAAUCGCGCAGCAGCAGCAUCAGCAACGACAACGACGAUUACGGGUCGACGUUAGAAGAACGGGGGGUAUAUAGUGCACGGGUAUAAAAAAGGUUUGCGGGGUGUGCGUAAGCUUAUUUUGAUAUUGCUAAUUCCAAUCAAACGGUGAAACAAUGUUUUUAUCGUCGAAUAAGUGAAAGAUCGUUGAAUAAGUGAAAAGUCGUUACGUUGAUCGCGUAACUGCUGCUGCUAAAUUUUACUUUGACACGUUUAGUGCGGAGCGUUCAAACGGUGGCUUUUACCGAGCCCCGUUCAAUUUUCGUCCAGCACCUUCCGACAAACAAAUAACAACGUCAUGGAUCGAAGAAAAAUGUCAACGGCAGGCGACUCGCUGUACCAAGCACUGGAAAUUCCAAAAACAGCCACUUCCGAAGAUAUAAAGAAGACUUACAGAAGAUUGGCAUUAAAGUAUCAUCCGGACAAAAAUCCCGACAACCCCGAAGCAGCUGAUAGGUUUAAAGAAAUAAAUCAUGCACAUUCGAUACUAAUGGAUAUAACUAAACGCAACAUUUAUGACAAUUAUGGAUCGCUUGGUUUGUACGUGGCUGAUCAUUUUGGAGAGGAAAAUGUCAAUGCUUACUUCGUUGUCACAUCAGGCUGGUGCAAGGCGAUCUUCGCGCUCUGUGCAUUCCUGACCGGUUGUUAUUGCUGCUGCUGUUGUUGCUGCUGCUGUAACGGAUGUUGCGGCAAAUUGAAGCAAAAUCGACCGGAGGACAACGGACUUUACCACAAUCUGCAGCGGGACCAGAAUCCUGAUGGCGAUGUUGUGACGAUACAACCGCGAGGUGGCAAUAAGGUUGUUUCUUCCUCAGAAAACGAGGAUGAGAGCGAGGAAGAGGCAGUGACUGCGCAACCCCAAGGUGGAGCUUCUCAAGGAGCCACCGGAGCCGCCGUAUUCGCCAUGCCUCCACCUCCGUCUUCGCAAAGUACAGUCCCGAACGAGGGCACCAACUUGACGAGUGGGGCAGAACGUCCCCUUUACGGCGAAGUCACAAAUCCGUUCAUAGGCACGAACGUCGGUUCAGCAGCGGCCGGUCCGACCAAGUGGUAGUUGAGGUCCGAGCGAAAUCGACCUCCGACCUACGCUAGAAGAAGAGAAAGGACUGCAACCAGUGAGUCGCCAACGGGAGCAACAGCCGCAGCAGCAUAACAGUCGAGCACUGUCCCCAGUUAUCACCAACCAACGAUGAUAUCUGACCAGUUAAACGAAAAAAACAAACAAACAAACAAACAAACAGAACAGAGAAUUGCAUUUGGUAUGCGGUAGAAGUACGAGAAUUCGAAAAACAGCAACAUUAGAAAAGGCCAUGUACGAAACGAAAGCCAAAGGGAAAGGUAAAGAGCGAUAGCGGUGUCUGUAAAAUCAUGCGUAGAGAGAAAAAACAAAAUCAUGAAAUUGAAGCCUCAUAUACAACGGCGAAUAUGUUGUUAGAUAUGUACAAAUUGUCAAGUAUUUUUCGUCUUUGUUCAUAAAUCUAUUUAAGAGAAAAUCAUGUGUGUGGGGGGAGGGGGGGGGAAGUGAACGACGUUGUCUUGGCACGCUCUUGGGGAACCUAAAGUUGCUAGAUAUUUCCAGUUAUGUACUCUAUACAUAUGAAUAUAUAUAUAAACAUAUUUAUAUAUAUAUAUUUAUGCUGUAAUAAGAGAAGUGACCGAGAUUCGUUAUUAUCUUGUAUUGUACAGUACUGCAGCGUGUUAGACUUAUAAUUUAAAUACUCCCUCGUAACCCUGUCGUUUACCUAGUCUUUGAAGACGGUGUCGAGGGAAAAGUUUUUUUUUCAACGAUCAUUGACAGCCUUAUAAUAAUCAGGCACAAUCAUGUACAUUUAGGUUUCAAGCGAUGGCGUUCGAUAUGAAAAUUCAAUUUGUGUUACAGUGAUCGCGUUGUAUUCGAUAUUAGGGCGCUGAACCUGAACUAUUCCGGUUAAUUUUUAUUAUUUCUUUCAGUGUUCCAACGAUAUUGUUAAUCCUAGAAAACAACGAGGCUGUGCAGGGCGGUUUGAAAAAUUCUAACUGACAAUAGCUUUAUUUCAAUUUUGAGAGUGGAAAAUUGCAAAUGCAUCGGUUUUCAGUAUACAUUUCGCGGACAAAUAAUGUUCCUUUUUUCAUGAAUUUUUAAAUAUUGUAUCUCUUCGAAAAUUAGAUGUGUACGAAUAAUCUUCGAUCGAUUUUACGACUUAUAAGACUAUAUAGCAGAGGUUGAACUUUAACGGUUUUCGUUUCCGAGUCUCGACGUGAUUCAAUGAAGUUCUUCCUCACCAUUUUUUUGCUCUCACUCUUAUUUUUUAUCGAGAGCUGUAACACGUUCAGAAUUCUUUUGAAAUCGCUCUGUAACACUCGAAACCUUGGCUCAGAUAAGUUUCAUCUUAUAAACGCUUCCCACCCUUCCAAAGGUUGGCUCAUGGUGACGAGCAUACUCCAUGAAUUAUCCUAGAAGCAUUUUUUUUCUCUGUGUUUUUCGGGAUUGAUAUUUUAGUAUACGAAUCAUUGUAAAAUCGAAAACAGAACCAUAGCCGUUUCUACAAGGUGUAUGCGAAAAUUUGAACUCAAGAUUCAGGCGUGAAAUCGCUCAAGAUCUGGUCUCCAUCGUUUUUUUUUUUUUUUUUUUUUUUUAGUCUACAUUUAGUUGAUUUAAUCAUGUUUCAUUUUUAAGACAAACAAACAAAAAUAUCUUUGAGUAUCUCCAAUGAAUUUUAAUGUCUCAUACACACCGUAUUACGACGAGUGAAAAUAAAAGUUUGUCAUUCCAAAAUGAUGGAAUCUUAUUGCCUUGAAGCUUAGGCAUGAUUUCUGGAGAAGCUAGCAUAAAGAGGGCGCAAAAAUGAAUUUUAGAGCCAAUUUUUUUCCUCACGUUGUAAAAAAUAAUGUGAAUAUGGCAUCUCGUUAGUAAUUUUAAAGGAUUUCUUCGUUUAAUGCAGUCAAAUCAUCGCUAUUAAAAUAUAUUCCCAUCCACGAUAAAGUAUAUGCGUGACAAGAGUAAUUAAGGAUCGAGCAAGUGGCCCCGGACUGCUGGUACAAAUGAAAUAUCAUUGAUAAUUAAAUUUCCUAGGUAAUGAAAAAUCAGGAUUCAAUUGGCCCGAAGAUGUAUGACUUUCCAAAAAAAAACGAGUUUCGAACUCGAGAGUGAAAGAAUCUUCGUGGCGUAAAAAAGAGUGAACGAAAAAAAAAAAUAAAAACAUAGAAAUAGAACUAGAAUGCAAAGUGGUGAAUCGGAUGAUGAAACAAGUGAGGCGCAUGUACUUUUUUUCACAUGAAAAUCUAAAGGAACGGAAGUUCGCGUAAAGUGAAUUUGUGACUGUGGGGAUGAUACAUUUGCGUAUAAACGCCUGCAGCGCCACGAAUUUCUGCCUUAGUCAUUUCCGAUUACAGUGAGUCACAGUUUUUAUCAUUUUCUUUUUUCGUUUUAGACGAAAAAUGUAAAUUCGGUGUACAAAGUACACGAGUAUGCUCUCAAUGAACAGAAAACGGUGGACUAUCGCUCAGGGCCGAAUCUGACCUUCCUGGCAGUAUAACGUAACAAUAAUGGACGCUAUUGCGUUUAGUGGAAGAUUAACCUCGUCGAUAUAUUUAUUUAUGAUAUGCGUGAAGCAACUUUUUCCUUUCACCCGAUUCGCUCACCCAAACCUUCUUGAUAAUAAAUGAACGAAAAAAAAAACGUAUGAACGAAAAACAAUGAAUAAAAGAGGGAGAACACACUUGAAAUAUUUGCCAGGUCCUGCCGGUACUUAUGCUAUCACUGUAAGAAAAUUUCGACGAGGAAUAUAUAACCGUACACGAUUUACUGCAAAUUUGUAUCAUUAUGACUAUUAUUUUUUAAAUAAUAUUGAAAUAAAAAUGUGUUCUUCUAGUAUUUAGUAAUGUAUAAAUGGAUCUUGUUAUUAUAGUUGCACAUGAUUGAAAAUUACAACAAAGAAGAUGAGAAAAAAAAACAGAAAAAAAACACAAAACAAAAAAAAGGAACACGCAUUCGCAUCAAUGUUGAAGAUAAUGUUAAUCGAAUCUGUAAAUCCAUAUCCAUUAUUGUAAUUCUUGUUGAGGGUUUCUUUCCUCGAAUUUAAAUAAAUUUAAUCAAAUCAUUGAAUAAUUAAAUCAAGUUGAAUCAAGCAGUUGUGCUCGUAUAAAUCAUAAUAGGCACUAUAAGUGGAGAGACGACGGAAGGAUGAAGUUACAGUGGGAAUAAAUAAUUUCAAUGCUUUUUGGGAUGAAUCAUUUGCACAUAACUGCAACAGAAUUCCUUUAAAAUGAGCCCUUUCAUCGUUAUUCAUAUUAGAGAAAUAUUUCUUCGUAUAUGUCUGACAGCAAAACAACUUAACACUAUUUAUACGUAGAAUAGCGGGCGGUGAACCAGCAACAAACGAAUGUACAAAGAGGAUGUAUGAUCCUACAAUUCAAAUAUAUCUAACGUAUCGUUAAACGAGAGUGCGUUGAGUAACAUCAACCCCUGAUGAAACAUUGCAACGAAAAUAAAUUUGAAGCUCGUAUUACAUUGCUUUCUUACACACAAAUCAUUGAAACGAAACUGACGAAUAAACAAGUGUUGAAAA